CUGCCUGCCUUGCCAGCCCCAUCAUGCACUCCCGGCUGCCCGUCCCGGUCCCUCUCUGCCUCCUCCUCCUGCUGCCCUCGGUGCUGCCGGCGACCAUGCCCGGGGGUCUUUCCCCCCGAGACGUCACGGAUCCCGAAGUGCAGGAAGCCGCCGUCUUCGCCGUGGAGGAAUACAACGCGCGCAGCACAAACAGCAACUAUUUCAAGGCGCUGCGCGUUGUGGAGGCGCAGUCCCAGGUAGUGUCAGGGGCGAAAUAUUAUCUUACGAUGGAGUUGGUGAAAACAAAUUGCCAAAAGAUCGCCGGCAACCCAAAGGUGUACCAAGAGAUCCAGAACUGCCGUCUCCCUCCAAGGAACCGGCAGGAGAAACUAACUUGCCACUUCGAAGUCUGGUCCCGUCCUUGGCUGAAAACGACGUUGUUGACAAAGGUGACCUGUAACUAAUCUGGACGGCUGGGAUGGACUGACUGAGAUGACCCCAAUACGGGCAGAUGGUUCUGUGGUGUGUCCAGCAGCCCUACGAGCUGAAUUUAUAGCAAGCUUUGCUUUUUCCGUCAUGAUCCUAUAGACGACCCUUCACAAAUCAUAAACAAAAUGAUUCACUUAAGUUCACGUUUUUCCAGCAGUAUAUGUGGGGGGCUUCUUUUCUCUAGUUUUCUUUGCUAUGGUUUUAGUUAUAGAGAAGACAGAUCCGUACUUGACUGAGUUGGUUGUUAAUUAGUCUUAAUAAAGCUGUCGGCAUGACGA